AUGGACAAUGUCAAGCACCGUUAUGGAUUUCUGGCUUUGACCUUUAAAUCGACCCGGGAUUCUUACGUGUUGCUUGAAUCCACGGCCGGUUUGACGCCUCAUUAUGAAUCAAUCAGCCGUUGGGUUCACGUCCAGUGUGGUAGAGUGCGCGAAUGUAAGUCUUCUGACAGUAUCCAUCGGCUAACCAAAGAAAGAAAAAGGAUGAACUGCAAGUUGAGCAGGCACAAGAUUAUGCGAUCCCGUGACUUAAACUCAAUCAGAUCAAUGCAGCACAAGUGUGAACAGCCUUCUGAUAUCAUUCAUUUGAAUAUACUGUUGGGCGGAGACAGUUGGAAACGUUUUAAAUACGUUGAAAGAAAAGGAGAGAGAACUCGCAUAUUGAACAGAAAAUGA